GCAGGCGGAAGUGGGCGGUUGGGCUGAGGCUGCGCUUACGUUAGGGCGGCGGCAGCGGCGCUUCAGAUACGGCUCCGAGAGUACGAAGAGCGGGACUGAAGCGCUUCUCCUCAGAGUGGGCCGCACCGUUUUGAUAUGCCCCCAGGCCAGUUGGGGUGAACGGUGAAAGGCCUCUGCACGAGCCAGUUCAGUUUCGCUGCUCGGAAAAUGCCCUUUGGGAAGGGAGAGGAGUGAAAACACCGCUUUUUCCCACAAAACACACACGUUGCUUUUCUUUAAAGUAGAAAUUAUCAGGAGACGAGAAGCAGGCUGCGGCCUUCGAGUUUUCGAAAGUAGAGGCGCCCCUUGUCCCUUUACCUAAAAUGUCAAGUGUUGGUAGUCUGUUACAAAUAGCCUCGUAAAAACCAAGAGGUGGUCGUGUGGGUUUGUAAUAAUAAGAAAAAUCCACUCAGUUUGCAGCAAGCCUUUUAUAAGUAAAACUUUGCAAAACACUGCAAGGUUUUUUGUUUUUGUUUUAUAGAUCGCUAGGACUCUUCUUCAGACUGGACUGGAAGCCUUGGCUAUGGAUGCAAAAAUGCAAAAGGAUGAACUGACAAGGACAAUUAAAUUUAUGCCACCGCUAUACAAACAACGCUACCUGUUCGUUAAACAGUUAGUGAGUAAACAUAAACCUAAAAAGGUGGCAGAUUUGGGAUGUGCUGAAUGCAGGCUACUCUGGAUGCUGAAAUUCUGCAGCUGCAUUGAAGUGCUUGUUGGGCUAGAUAUUAGUGAAGAUGUGAUGAAGGAGAAUAUGCAUACACUAUCUCCCCUUCCUGGUGACUAUCUCCAGCCAAGUGAAAGACGUCUGACAGUUAUCCUUUAUCAGGGUUCAGUUGCUCACAAAGACCCUUGUAUGCUGGGCUUUGAUAUGAUAACAUGCGUUGAAGUAAUAGAACACCUGGAGGCAGAAGAGCUGGACAAAUUCCCAGAAGUGGUAUUUGGUUUUAUGUCUCCAGCCAUGGUCGUAAUAACAACACCAAACUCAGAAUUUAAUUGUUUGCUUCCAACUGUAACAUUAUUCAGACACCCAGAUCAUAAAUUUGAAUGGAAUCGUGCACAAUUUAAGAACUGGGCCCAAGAUGUUGCAGCUCGCUACGACUAUACAGUGGAGUUUACUGGAUUAGGAGCCCCACCUCCUGAAAAAGAUGUUGGAACUUGUACACAAAUAGGUGUGUUUGUGAGAAAAUACCAGAAUGAUGGACCUACACAUUUUGAGAAAUGCAAGGAACAAGUUUAUAAAACCCUUUUCAAAGCUGAAUAUCCAAGCCUUAAAGAUGAAAAGUAUUUGCAGACUGCAGUGGUCAAUGAAGUUAUUUGGACAGCACAAAUAAUUGCAAGGAGACUCUGGGACCACGUAAAAUCUGAAUAUAAAAAACCCUGUUAUGACUCUGAAACAGAACCCAAAUUCCAAACAUCUCACCAUAGUCUGAAGUAUUUCAAGCAUCUGCCUUUAACAGAAGCCAACAAUAAAAGUUUGCAGCCAUUUAUUAAUGGAAACUCUGUCUACAUACCUCUUGCAAACAUUUUUUCUUUUCCUAAAGUGAAUAAACUUUGUGGAACAGUUGAAACACUAAGCAAUCUCAUAACUGGCAAAGUUGCACUCAGCCAUGACGGAUCUGCAGUGCUGAUUGAUGCUGAAUAUGAAAAUGAGGAGAUGGAGAAUUAGCAAAUGCUUUCAAAAAUACUUGCUCUUGGUACUACUUCGCAAACUGGAGGAGUCCAGUGAGCAGAAUUCUGCUAGUUGCUGGAUUUAAAAACUCAGCAGAUUGGACUGGCUACUAAAUACUUGGAUCAGGUGCCAUCUUUUUGUAUUGAGGUGGGCUAGAAUAAGAUGUUCCUACCUAAUUAUUUUGAUUGAGAAAUAAACAUGUACCUUCCUCAACCCAACUGCUUACAACAGUAGUUUAGUAGAACAGAAGUCAGAAAACAGUUUUCUGUCUGCGAACAGAAAAAGUAAUGUUUAAGAUGCAUUUUUGGAAUUGGAAGUUGGUUUUGCAGAAGUUUGUGUACUAUAUUAUGCAACACCACCAUUAUCAGUAUCUUUAUAGUAUGUUUAGUUGAGAACUAAAUUAGUUGCUUAAGUUAAUGCCAGGUGUAAUGCUCUGUGUGUGCUUUUAAAAUAGUUUUCUUCAGAACCAUUCACACUGUUCUAUAUAGAAAUGGGUUUGUAGAUGCUGUCCAAUAAGGACUUUCAAAUAAGAUUGUAGAAUACUACUUGCUGAACAAAGUUGGAAAAUACAGUUGCUCAACGCAUCCACAAACUGAUUCUAACCCCCAAAGUACCAGAAUAACCUUGGGUGACUGCUAGGUUUUGAUUAUAGAAAGGAGCAGCAGCAAUUCUUUUCCAUAGUCUCAACCUUAUAAUGGCUUGAUCAAGGAACUCAUUCAUCUAGCAAACACCAGUCAUAGGAUAGCCUUAUUAAAGCCUCAAGUAACUGAAGUUAUGCCUUGCUUCCUGCAUGUAUUACCUGUUCAAGUAUGCUUUUCUUUAAUUACAGUAGUUGGUAAACAGAUUGGCAAAUGAGCAGAUGUAGUUGUACAUAAAUAUUGUUUCUGUGUAACAGUAAACAGCCUUUUCUAAACAAAUAUUAGACAAUUCUAUCUCACUAAUCUUGCAACAAUUUCAACCACAAGGUGGCAUGCUUCUCCAUAAAGCAUUUGCUUGGCAUCCUGUUCUCAUCUAACAAAAAGGGAUGCAGCUUUUCCCAAUAUUCCUAUCACCACCACCUUGGUAAAGAGUCAGAGGACGACUGCAGUGUUGUUUUUAUACCAGAGGCAACAGACAUGAGUGGGCAAGAGAAGAGAUGGUUUGGUACCUUGUUGCUCUUUGACCUUUUCCCUAAUUCACUUGUCACAUUUAAAAAUGCUAGGAUAGAUUAUUGUUUUUUUACUUCUACCUUAGAAUGUAAUGCUCUCUAUUACAGUUGCACUGCAGCAGCUUUCUCCUUGUACUAUAACCAGAACACUGCAUCACUUCCCAGCCUGGCCCGAUUCCAAGCCCUUGCAGAGCGUACAACCGUAGCCACUAAUUUUCCCUGGUGUACUUUGCUAUUAUAGUGUCACUUUGUAGGAAUCAUUUUUGAGGUGAGAAUAGAGAAGAAAACCCAGCACAGUUUCUACUAGGGCUUACUACAUAAAAUAGUCACUUAAAUGACUUAAAUAGUUCAAGACAAUCCUGUUUGCAAAGUUAAGUUUAAUCACUUCUUCAGUAUUAGGAUUGAAGGCAGUCUCUUCCCUGGACAGAUAAUCACCAAGUAUUCCUUAACUACCAAUACAAGUAGUAGUUACUAAUCAUGUUUACAAUAAGCUCGUAAGAGUAGGAUGCCAGCUAGAUUGCUGAUGGAAAUGUAGCUGCUCUGCAGAGGAAAUGUGAAUUUUUCACAGAAAUAACAAGCGGGAACUUUUCUGCAGGUGGGACUCAUAGAGGAUGACAAAAGGCAGAACACUAAAAAGCUGUGGCAAGGUCUCAGAGUGGUGCUCUAAAACAUGGUUAUAUGUUUAGUACUUUUUGUCAUCAGUCAAAGUUUUGUAUUGUCUUACUACAAUGACAACCACUACAGCAGUUUACUUAGUGAAUACCUAAAAUAAACUGCUUUAAUAAUUAUAAUGGAAACAAAAUGAGAUACAUUUUUUGUCCCAAAGAUGAUCAGUGUCUAAAUGUUAUUUAAUACUGGAAUAUUUUGUUUUUCAUGCUUUGGAGCUGUCAUUUCUCUAGAUUUUACAGAGUAAAUAGAUCAUUCAACUUGUAAUGUUUUAGAACAAAAGUACCUAACAAAUCAAAAUAGCAUAAAAAGCAUUUUGAGAAAUCACAGCAAUCUGUAUCAGUGGAAUUAAUCAUGCUGACAGGGUAUAAACACAGGUAGAAAAUGUGAACCUAGCACAGGAAGAUAAAGCUGACUUUCCAGAAUGUCUGCAAGUCAGGCCUCAAUACAAAAUGCAGUUUAAUUUCCUCUAGCCUUUGAAUCAGACUACUAAAUUGUACAGAGGUUCCAAUAUAGAUGAGCAAAGAAAGCAAUGGAGCUAGAGAGGCUUAAAUUAUUAACUGAUUCUCUUUUCUAGGAAAGGGAAGAGUCCUGGUUCUACCAAAAAAAAUCUUGAAUUUUUAAACUUGUAAUAGGUCAGUAUUAAACUUAGUACAAGGAAUACAAAAGAUUUAAGUUUAUCAGGAAACCACCUGACCCAAACAACUGAACUAUUCCUGUCUUGGGCCUUUUUUCUGCAGGGAAGUAACCUAAAAAUGAGAUACAGCUCCUCCCAAAAUGUAGCCUGUAUUCUUUUGGCAUACUAUUUUGUAUUAGAAAGAAGGAAGUGGAAAGAUAACCCCACUCCUUUUCAAGCUAAUAAUUUGGUGGGGAUGGAAUGCCAUUUAUUUGCUCCUUUCAAUUUAAUAAAGUGAAAUUAGUUACAGUA